CGUAAGGAUGACGCAGUUCUGUGAUCGGGGGAGGAGGGAGGGGAGCUGAGCAGCAGUGUAGGAAAAGAGGAGGAAGCAGCUAGGAUGGCGGAGUCACACCUCUGAAGUAUUUUUCGGAGGGAUUAAACAAUCGUCGGUGCGUCCUGCAACCUGAAGCAACUUCAAACUAAGGAACCCGGGAUUGUGUGGAGUUUAAAGACUCAAGCAUGUGUCCCGUGGAUGCCACAGGUCACUUGCUUCACAGGCUAAUUUCUCCCAUUCCACUUUAGCAAAGGAACAUCUAAAAGGCAGAAAAAAACACACAACAACUUUGGGUCUGGAGGCCGUUAUUCUGAGGGUAAUUGUAAAUGCGUCGGCCUACAUGGGGAUGUUUACUUCGAGAGCUACCUUGACUGUGUGCGUCCCUUUGUUUCUUAAUAAGUAACCUAGCAAGAGAGAGAGAGAGAGUCCCAUGCACAUCUCUGCUGGGGUGCUGAUAGCGUCAACAUGAGUAGUACUUUAGGCAAAGACAAAGAUUCAAAAGAAAAGGACCCCAAAGGCGGUCCGGCUGGUAAAGAAAGGGAAAAAGAGGCCAAGACUUUAUCCAGCUUAGUCAAAGAUGGUGGAAAAGAAACAAAGACCAAAGGGAAAGACGCCAAAGAAGGAAAGAAGGACACGAGCAGCUCGACGCCGGGUGUUGCCUUCUCUGUUGACAACACGAUAAAGCGGCCAAACCCAGCACAAGGUACACGCAAGAAAUCCAGCAACGCGGAGGUCAUCAAGGAGCUCAAUAAAUGUCGGGAGGAGAACUCUACGAGACUGGACCUGUCCAAGCGGUCCAUUCACAUGCUGCCCACUGCUAUUAAGGAGUUGACUCAGUUGACAGAACUCUAUUUAUACAGCAACAAGCUGCAGAGCCUACCGGCGGAGCUGGGCUGUCUGUCGGAGCUGGUCACUUUAGCCCUCAGCGAGAACUCCCUGACCAGUCUGCCCGACUCCCUGGACUCGCUGAAGAUGCUCCGGAUGCUCGACCUCCGGCACAACAAGCUCCGAGAGAUACCGCCCGUCGUCUACCGGCUGACGUCUUUGACCACGCUGUACCUGCGCUUCAACCGCAUCACCACGGUGGAGAAGGACAUCCGCAACCUGUCCAAGCUCACCAUGCUGAGCAUCCGGGAGAACAAGAUUAAACAGCUACCAGCAGAAAUAGGGGAGCUCUGCAACCUCAUAACUCUGGAUGUUGCCCAUAAUCAGUUGGAACAUCUACCGAAGGAGAUUGGAAAUUGCACACAAAUAACCAACCUUGACCUGCAGCACAACGAGCUCUUGGACCUCCCAGAGACUAUAGGCAAUUUGGCAAGCAUAAAUCGUUUAGGACUGCGAUAUAACCGAUUGUCAGCCAUCCCCAAGUCGUUAGCCAAAUGUCGAGAGCUGGAGGAGCUUAACCUCGAAAACAACAACAUUUCAGUAUUGCCAGAGGGCCUGCUGUCGAGUUUGCUAAAUUUGACGAGUCUCACACUGGCGAGGAACUGCUUCCAGUCGUACCCUGUGGGCGGACCCUCCCAGUUCUCCACCAUUUACACCCUCAACAUGGAGCACAACCGUAUCAACAAGAUCCCAUUCGGUAUCUUCUCCAGGGCCAAAGUGUUGAGCAAGCUUAACAUGAAGGACAACCAGCUAACGGCGCUGCCGUUGGAUUUCGGUACAUGGACUAGCAUGGUUGAACUUAACCUCGCCACUAAUCAGCUGAAUAAAAUCCCAGAAGACAUCUGUGGGCUUAUGUCUCUAGAGGUAUUAAUACUUUCCAAUAAUCUUCUGAAGAAGCUACCGCACGGUAUUGGAAGUUUGAGAAAGUUACGAGAACUUGACUUGGAGGAAAACAAGCUAGAGUGUCUACCGCAUGAAAUCGCUUACCUUAAAGAUUUACAGAAAUUGGUGUUGACUAAUAAUCAGCUGACUACGCUACCAAGAGGCAUCGGUCACCUCACCAACCUGACUCACCUUGGUUUGGGAGAGAACCUGCUGCAACACCUUCCUGAGGAGAUCGGCACACUGGAGAAUCUGGAGGAACUGUACCUCAACGACAACCCCCACCUGCACAGCCUCCCGUUUGAGCUGGCUCUCUGCAGCAAGCUGUCCAUCAUGAGCAUCGAGAACUGUCCCCUCACCCACCUGCCGGCCCAGAUCGUUGCAGGAGGCCCUUCUUUCAUCAUCCAGUUCCUAAAGAUGCAGGGACCAUACCGUGCCAUGGUCUGAGCCAAGAGCAGCUCCAAAACGCUUCGGCUUUACUCCGCACCCCUUCCCCUGCCUGCCCUCCCAUUACGUGUAUCAUACACUGUAAAGAGAAACAAACUCGCUACAAUCAGUGUUGGGGGCGAGGGGGUAGAGGGGUGAGUGAAGGGCGCACAUUAACAAUGGGGGAGGGAGGCGCUCAAGGAUCGCAUUUUGUUCUCAGUCCUCUGGCAGAAAUGGAAGCGAAACUUUUGGAGACUUUUGUGUUCCUCCGGAGUCGGUCCCGGUCAUUUACGACGCCCUCUGUUCCCCUCAGCCACCAAAAACCCACUCAACUUUUCAUUCCGAAUUAUGAAACCAGAAAAUUCCCCCUCUCCUCAACGUGUUUUGCCAAAACUGAAGGUAUAUAAAGUUUAAUAUAUCGAGUGACUGUGAGCUCUGAGGCAAGUCCUUCCGCUUUUUAAAUCAUAAUCCCCAUUGCCAAUAUAUUUACAGUAAUUACAGCAUCUAAUAUGUGAGCAAGGUUACAAUUGUAUGCAAAAACACAAAAAGCAAGUCUUUGGAACGUCUCAUUUACUGCUGCUGCUGUAAUUUUAAACUCUGUCAUUUUAUGCUUUUUUUUUUGUUUUUUUGUUUUUUUACAUAAUCUUUCCUGGUCAUAAUUUAUGUUAAUUGUUUCUUGACCCAAAAGAACAAAGAUCUGUUUUUAUUUUCUGUUUGUUUUAAAAACUGUGCCUAUGUUUAGAGUGAUCCGGUGGCUCAUUUCUAAACACGAUUCUCCAUGACAUACAAAGACAUAAAUUAUUUCAAUAGUGUUUUUAUUACUACUGUUUUUAUUUUCUUUUUUUUUCUUUGUUUAUGGGUUAUUGUUUUGUUUUUUUUUAAGUGUACCUGUUGCAUCAUUCUGUCAUGCAAGCGAUAUCAGUUGUAAAAUAUGAAGAUCGUUUUUAACAAAUAGCAGCAGUAGGUGUUCAGCAUUGAGCUAGUCUUUGUAUACAUAUGAUAAAUGCCAAUUCUACAUGUCUGCAGAGAGGGUGGGGCCAUGGGGGGCAUCAUGGGACUUUUUCUUGCACCCCCACCCCAACGAGGAGCAUCGGAGGCAGCUCCUGCUAGGUAUUGGGAGGGAGGAGAGGGUUGAGGGGUCAUGAAAUAUAAAUAGGUGUUGGGGAUAAAUAAUAGAUGUUUUAUACAUUUAUACAAUUUCUGGUUGUUGCCUUGGGUGAAAUUUUUAGUUCAUGUUUACUUGUUUGAUAUCUCCAGUGUUGAACUUAAUGGCCGUCAUCCAGUUGAUCAUCGACCAACAUAUCAAGCGUUAUUAAAAAUACAUUUUCUGAGUCUCUGGAGCAACUUGGCGAGUGUCGGAGCUUCACAACAAUUUGAUAAUAAAACAUCGACAGGUAAAUUCCUCCGUGACACUUUUUUUUCCGCCUCUCUAAAACUUUUCUCUUUUUGUUUAACAGGGUGUCAUAAUCUUAAACACACAACUGAAACUACUCCCUUGACUUGUAUCCAUUUCUGAUUAUUUAAAGAUAUAUCAUUUGUGCCACACUGUCCCAGCAAUGCUGCUGCUGCUUUCAUGCACUUUUUUUUGUUUUGUUUUUUUAAGAUAUUGGCAUCCUUUGUAUUGAAGCGGGCACACAAAAAGACCCUCUCUCUAACCUUGGGGCCAUUCUCUUCUCUUAUUUUUUUUUUUUUUACGGUUUAUCAUGUAAAUUUAUAUCAAUCGAAUAUAAAUGUUGAGUUUGGCAGUCUCAGAAUUUACAAGUAACUUUGGUGAAAUUUAACCCUGUCGAUUUUAUUAAAGAAGCUUUCUUUUGUCUUGGGCUGUAAAAAUAUAUUUUUUAAAUUCCAUAUCCUGCUUUCUACUUUGCUUGAAAAAUGGCUUCUUUUAGUUGAAAGGGGCGUUGUGUUAAUUUUUAAAUAAAUUUUGAUUAAGUGUUUUUUUUUUCUAAACGAUUAAAUGUAUAUUAAGUUAGUUUUUUUUUGUUGGUUUUUUUCUUUCUUCAACUGACUGUACAUUAAAAAAAAACAUCCCUACAAAAGGUCAUUAUUUGGAUACGUUUUUCCUCCCCGGUUUAUCGAGUCGUAAUUCGAUUUUUCGUGUUGGGAGGUUCGGGUCCACUUUCCUAGAGCUCCUCGACAGGGGUUGCGUCAAAUCAUUGGAAAGGAAAGAAAAAACAACGAGACGCUGCUUCUAAUUUACCAGCAGAACCUGUUGCUGCUCUUCAUUGACUCAAACAUACACGGAUCAGGCUGGCGGAGGAAACGGGACAAAACAUCCGAUACCGAGGAACCGGCUGCUUUGAAUUGUUCUUUUCUUUCUUUUUUUUUGGUCAACGUCGGGCCUCGGUGGGUUAAACAGAUCAAAUUGUUCGGACAUGAAGCAACACAACAAAAGGUGCAUAUUUGAGCUCAAACGCAGUUCUAGUACAAGACUGUCGAGGAAAAACAAAAAAAAAAGACAGAACCGUUGUAAAAAGGGCUUUCUGUGUUCACGCUCAACAACACCAGAGGCAUUGCAUUCCUGGGGUUUAUAUAAAAGCUUUGGGAGUUUCUUCUCUCUUUGUGUGUAUUUUACUUUACGCUGUGUGUGGGGCGGGGAGGGGAAGAUGCCUUCAAGUACUCAACAGUGAGAUGUGCAUUAGGUAUGCAGCGCGACUGCUGCGACCCGUUUUUACAUUCUCUUUAUCUUUUCACCUUUCUUUUGUUAUUUUUUCCGUGUCACGUCGCAACACGUCUGCGUACGAAGACCCGGGACGGCUGGAGAGGAGUCGGAUCGAUCGAGUUAUUUGUCCGCAGUUCACCGGUCCGUCCAAAAUGAGCUGAGUGUAUGUUUUCCUUUUCCUACAGAAUCGGUCAUUUUGCUCAUUCUGCUUUGCUUCUGGUUCCUGCACCGUGCAACUUCGCGAUUCCUCGCCUGGUUCCUUUGUACAGGCAACAACGCAUGUGGGAACACACCUGACAUGGUCCGUCCGUCUGUCCGGUUACAAUCAGGCCUUGUUGCUUAGAGAACUUUUCUGGCUAUUUGGUGUUACCUGCAAAUGCUCCCUUUUUGUAUAUCGCAAAGGGUCUUGAAGCAUUGUGUGCCAAUGCUUUUCCUACUUAAUCUACAUUGACGAGCAGCCUUAAUGGUCUUUUUUAUGCGUUUGGCUAAUUCUCGUGUCUAUGGCCACUGACUGUACUUGAUGACAAGCAACUGGUCGUUACAAUGUAAAUUUGAUUCUAGUUUUCCUCUGUCUUAUCUUUUUGUUGUUUUUCUUUUACUCUGUACAGUAAUCUGUAGACUCGGUAUUACAAAAUCUGUUAUGUGAAGAGUUUUAUAAGAAGACAAAGACUGCAUUGGAAGAUAAUGCCAAUAUGCUCCGAGGUGGAUGUGCAUUAAGCUUAUGUUUCACGCGUCUGUGGCAUUAAAGGGGAAUUCCACCAAAA